CUGGCGUAGAGGGCACGCGCAACAAGCUACGAAGUGCUUGCUACGAGCGCUACGAAACUUGCGUACGAUGACGCGCGAACAGUGAAGUUUGCGGGCGCGUUGCGAUGUGACUCGAUGAUGUUGUUAAGAAAACUUUUGUUCUAUGUACACUUCGGACUUGUCUUCCAUGUAGUGAUUUGUUUUAAGGAUACUGUCGAAGUUCCUCGUUUUGAAGAUAGCCUAAACAACUUGACUGUGUCAUUUGGGAGAGAAGCGGUCUUCACUUGCGUUGUCAAUGAUCUCGGCGCUUACAGGGUGGCGUGGCUACGCGUGGACACGCAGACGAUCCUGACCAUCGCCACGCACGUGAUCACCAAAAACCACCGCAUAUCAGUUACUCACAGUGACCGUCGUGUUUGGUUCCUCCACAUACAUGACGUGAGACAAUCAGACAGGGGCUGGUACAUGUGCCAGCUGAACACAGACCCCAUGAAAAGCCAGACGGCUUAUCUGGACGUCGUAGUACCACCAGACAUCCUGGACUACCCGACAAGUAGUGACCAGGUCGCCCGGGAAGGCGCCAAUGUGACGCUGCGGUGCGCGGCGCACGGGGUCCCCACACCCACGGUGGUGUGGCGGAGAGAGUUGGCUGCUGAUGUGCUGCCCACAACUAACUUUAGUGAUACACAAAAUUCGUCAGUGAAUGGCGCAGUACUGCACCUGGUGAAGGUGUCCAGAUUGCACAUGGGGCCAUAUCUAUGCAUAGCAAGCAAUGGCGUUCCACCAACAGUCAGCAAGCGAGUUAUGCUCGUUGUACAUUUUCCGCCUAUUAUGACAAUACAGAAUCAACUAGUGGGGGCGAAAGAAGGUGACAGCGUUCAUCUUGACUGCCAUUCAGAAGCGUUCCCCAGGUCCAUCAACUAUUGGACGAUAAAUGAUCAAAUCAUAUCACAAUCGGACAAAAGGUUCGAGAUCACAUCAGUGGAGCGAGGCUACGAGGUCGACAUGAAGCUCAAGAUUAAAAAGGUCGGAAGGUCAACCUUUGGGACCUACAGUUGCAUAUCAAAAAACUCUCUCGGAGACACGGAUGGCACUAUCAAAUUAUAUUCGCUGUCCGGCAAAUUUGAGGAGAUGCAGUACAAUGACGUGGACUUCGACGAGCCGCCCGACGUCAGCGAACUAGAAGCGUUGAAACGUAGCGCCGGGGCGCAAGCGGCGCUGUCGCUCGCGCUCCUAGCAAUGCCUCUCGCUAUAUUAUAAUGCUUCGUUGUAUAUA